CUAGACACAGACAAAAACAUAAUAUGGCAUGCUUUCAAAGGGAAUCACCAGCAUUGAAGGAGAUUCUGCUCAGAUUAUACAGAGCUGAAAAGCCCAUGGAGCUUGAUCACCACUUGUAUGAAUUUGGAUCAGUGGAAUAUCAUGUUCAGGCUUCUGCAUCAAUUCCAGAUAACACCUAUUUGUCUAUAGCAACGCCACUCCUGUAUCAAGACUUCAUUCUCUCAUCUGGGCUACCACGUUAUACAUUAGAGAUGGUGAAGGGAAUCAGCCCUGAUGUCAUUGAGAUAAUUGAACCUCCAAAAGAAGGAUAUAAGUUGACAUUGAGACUCAAGUACUCAAGGAUUCCACGCAAUAAAGGUGGGGUGAAAAUGAUUGCAAGCAUUUCCUCUGUACAAGGUGUCAUCCUAAGCUCUCAGCUCAAAGAUAUGUUAAUGAAUGUCAAUUCACUAGAAGUCUCUCAAGGGAUGUACAGACCAGUCAAACUCAUUUAUCACCCAAGGGAACCUUUCUUUGUCAUCAAACAGCCAGAAAAAAUCACUGCAGUAUUCCCUAUGCGCUUUAAAGAAGAUACAGAUGUAAUCAUAGCAACAGCUUUCUUUCAGGAACUCAUGGAUAUUGGAAGCUCAAAAGCAUUUGUCAAAGCACCUCAUUGCAUCUGGUCUCCAAUCCCACCAGCUGAGUUGAGAGGAGAGCCCAUUGAAGAUCUGAGCACCAAUGGAGGAUUUGUCUCUUUUGAUAUCACUGGGCGUCAUGUUGAAGGCAAGAGGCUUGACAAAACUGUUUGGAACCUACUUAACUUUUAUGCAUUUGUGAAAUAUCAUGUAAAGAGCACUCGAGGCUUCAUUCAAAGAAGGAUGAGAACACGAUUAGAGAGCUUAGUUGAGGUAUUGUACAAUGCUGGAAUAAAAGAUGAACAUCAUAUUAAGAAGAAGAAUCGAGGACCUAAAGGAGUUAGGAAAUUGCUAAACUUCUCCAAAUCCAAGCUACUCAAGAAAAGAUACAAUUUCAUCAAUAAGAUCAAAAGAAUUCGAUCUAGAAUUAAAAUUCAUUGGUUCAGUCGUUUCCGCAAGCGAUGGUUGAAUUUUUCCAGAUUUUCUUCUCUAACAAGAUAUGAAAAACUAAACUAGUAUAAGUGCAACUUCACAAUAGCAAUAAUUGUACUUAAAUAACUUCUCCUACAACAUAUUGUUGAGGGUAAAUGUACUUGGACAAAAGGUGCCUGGUCUGUGUAUCUUUUUCCUUUUCUUUUACAAACUUUGUACUCAUCAAAACAGCAUUGGUGAGCAGAUUAUUUCAUUUGUCGACUCAUGAAAUGCUAGUAAUGCAGAAGGCAUAAAACAGUUUAGACUUCA